CUGCAUCUUCAACUCGAGCUUCCAUUUUGGGUUUGGUGCUGAACGAGUCGAGUUUUUGCGAGCGCUCUGCCACAACCUCUUCUCAAUUUCUCAACUGCUCUGCAACGCCUCUCUCUCUCUCUAGCCGCCGCCGUGAAGGAGGAGGAAAGAGAAUGGAGUCUACGGAGUCUUCAUACGUUUCGUCUCCUGAGGCUCCUGCGAAGCGAUCUCCACCGCCGCCAAAAUCUCCUAACUCAGAUAAUAUGGAAAAGGGCACGUACAUUAGGUUUCUUGUAUCAAAUGCUGCUGCUGGUUCUGUAAUUGGGAAAGGUGGUUCAACAAUUAACGAUUUCCAGUCACAGUCUGGUGCACGAAUCCAAUUGUCACGGAAUCAUGAAUUUUUCCCUGGAACUACUGAUAGGAUCAUUAUGGUAUCUGGAACAAUAAAUGAAAUACUGAAGGCCAUGGAUCUUGUUCUUGCUAAGUUGUUGAGCGAGCUCCAUGCUGAAGAAGGAGAUGAUGUUGAACCAAGAACAAAAGUGAGACUAAUUGUUCCCCACAGUUCAUGUGGAGCUAUAAUUGGCAAAGGAGGGUCCACGAUAAAGUCAUUUAUUGAGGAUUCUCAAGCUGGCAUUAAGAUAUCCCCCCAGGAUAAUAACUAUAUGGGAUCCACUGAUAGGCUUGUGACACUGUCUGGUACCAUAGAGGAACAGAUGCGAGCUACUGACUUGAUUGUUUCGAAGCUAUCUGAGGAUCCACAUUACACCCAGUCAAUGAAUUAUCCAUUUUCAUAUCCGACAUCAUACAAUGCUGUGAACUAUGCAUCUAACGGAGGAGCUGGAGGGAGGUUCCCAAACAAUAAGCGACUGUACGAUACUGUUGACCGAAGAGCUUCUGAAAUUGUCCAGGAGGAACGGAGUAACUCUUUGACCAUUGGCGUUUCAGAUGGCCACAUCGGGUUAGUUGUUGGUCGUGGUGGAAGAAACAUACUGGAAAUUAGUCAGGCCAGUGGAGCCAGAAUUAAGAUAUCAGAUCGAGGAGAUUUCAUGUCGGGAACCACCGACAGGAAAGUAACAAUUACGGGUUCACAACGGGCAAUUCGCUCUGCUGAGUCGAUGAUUAUGCAGAAAGUAGCAUAUGCUUCUGAGAGGGUUCUAGCACAGUGAUAGAAUGGUGGAAGUUGUGAAUGCUUGUAGUCGAAGCAAGGCCGGGAGAUUUUCAUUUUUACUACUGAGGGAGAGCAUGCCAAUGGCAAUGAGCGGAGAAAUAGAGUUCAAAUUUGUUGAAGCGUUGGUUGAUAGAUAUGCCAUGAUUUAAUGACUGAGAGCCAAAUAGAAAGAAAGAUUAGCAGUUUCAAAUUGUUCAUACAAUUGUACCCUUGAAUUUAUUUUAUAUUUAUGUUUGAGCUUUAUCUCUAUUAAAUUGUUUGAACGUGCCUUCUCUUCGGAAACAGAUUGUAGCUUCUUCUUAGGCUGUUUCUAUUUUCAUUUAUUGGUGAAUUCUUUAGUUUAAAGUUGAUUUUAUUUUA